AACGACAGUAAUGUCAGACCUGGUCUAGUUUGUGGGAGUUUUAGUCCUGGUCCAAAGCGUCUUCGGUCGGUCUGCUUGUGGUAUUUGCUGGUUCGGAUGCGGCUUCACCCUGAGACUGUUCAUCCGCCCGAAAUACAGCGAAGGCGGACUGCGGGGCACCGUUUGCGCGACUAGUGCAUCAUGCUAACGGCUAGCCGACUGUUCGCUGAGGCUGCGAACUUUUGCAACUGAGAAGACUUUCUUUCGUGUGGUUUUAGUGGCGUCAACAACGGGAGGUGUCAGAGAUGUGAAGUUUAACGCGUCAUUGUGUUUUCAUCACGUCGCAGCUGUUUGGAGCGUCCUCGUUGCUUUCUAACGUUGGCCGCACCUGUUGUGAGCUGAACCUGCUCCGCUUAAACCGUAGUUUGACUGUUAGCGUUGAAACGCGCCGCAAAGCGCUCAAUGUUUGGUUUCACCCCCCGGAGCUGCUGAGUUUCACUUCCUGUUUUCACAGGUUGAUCCACACAGAGUGAGAGACAGAGACGAUGUUUGAAAGUGUUGUCACAGUGUCGUCAGCCGAGCGUCAGCAGGUGCUGGGAGCUCUGGAGCGUCUGCAGGCCAAACUGGAGCAGAGGGAGGAAUGGAGCCACAGCGACACGCUGGCCAACCUGACGGAGACGCUGCAGAGCCCACUGUUCAGCCACAUCCUGACCCUGCAGCACUCCAUCAAACAGCUCCGAAACCAGCUGAGCAGUCUGCCUCCCGAUGCCUGCAGUGACUUCAGUUUCUCCAGAAAGGGUCAGCUGAUUAUGAGCGCCGUUAAUCCGGCCAGCAGCCUGGCUGCACCUACGCUGUCUGCCGGCGCCUCCUCCAUCCUGACCAAUGGCUCGUCUCCAUUCAUCCAUCAGACGUCUGACUUGCUGCAAAAGUGGAUCUUUACCGCUGCCAAGGGCCGUCACACUGAGCUGGUCCGGCUGACUCGUCCUCUGGUUGGAGGUCUGGGCUUCAGCGUGGUCGGUCUGAACCCAGAGGGGACCAGCAGUCAGGGAGUCUUUGUCAAACACAUCCAGCCUGGAGGAAUCGCACACAGGGACGGACGCCUGCAGGAGAAAGACCAGGUCCUGGUGAUAAAUGGGAGUCCCCUGGAGCCAGGGAUCAGCCAGCAGCAUGCCCUCAACCUCCUGCAGCAGCCUGGAGACAUGGUGGAGCUGGUGGUGGCCAGAGACCUGCCAGCAUCAUCACCCAGCUCGCCCUUCACCACGGACCAGUGGGGUCACGUGCAGGAGAUCGAGCUGGUGAACGAUGGCUCAGGUUUGGGCUUCGGCAUCGUGGGAGGAAAGAUGGCUGGAGUGGUGGUCAGGACCAUUGUCCCCAACAGCAUCGCUGACAGGGACGGACGCCUCCGUACAGGUGACCACAUCCUUCGCAUCGGGACGACGCCCACCACAGGCCUCACCAGCGACCAGGUGGUCAAGGUGCUGCAGGGUUGUGGGAACCGUGUGACCAUGCUCAUCGCCAGAGACCCGCAAGGUCACAGGUCAACAGCCCCAGCUCCCCCACCACCUCCAGAUUCUGCCCCUGUGGCCUCCUUACCCCCUCUGACCUCUGACCUGCCUCCAAGACCCCUCAGCAAGACACCCAACCUAGAAGGAUAUGAGAUCCACGAGGUUCCUCUAACCAAGAACAACGGCCAGAGCCUCGGCAUCUCUAUCAUUGGCCACAAUCCUCUGACCAGCCAAGAUGCAGUAGGUGUGUUUGUGAAGAACGUGGUUCCAGGCAGCGCUGCAGAUCAGAGUGGAAACAUCCGGGUCUACGACCGACUGAUUGCUCUGGACGGUGUCAGUCUUCAUGGCAUGACCAAUCAAGAAGUGCUGCAAGUGAUGAAGCAGACGGGUGAGACUGUUGUUCUUACUGUGGUCAGGAGGAGAGUUAGACACCUGGAGAGAUCCCUGGACAAAGUGGAGAGGGGCUCUUCACAUGUGUCUCUGAGGAGGUCGUUGGAGGUGAAGGCUCACUCAGCGGGCUUUAGCCCCACAAUGAUGAAUCUGGAACCAGAGUACACGGCACAACCAAUCAGAGCCUCAGAUGCAGAGCUGAGGGCUAAGUGGGAACAGGCUCUGGGACCGCACUACCAAGUCCUGGUGGUGAAUAUGGAUCCUGUCAUUGAAGAUGAUGCUGAGCUGCAGAAGUCUUCAAAGCUGCUGCCCAUCCACACGCUGCGUCUCGGUGUGGAAUUGGACUCCUUCGAUGGUCACCACUACAUCUCCUCUGUGGCCCCUGGGGGCCCCGUGGAAAAACACGGCACUUUGAGACCUGAGGAUGAGCUGUUGGAGGUGAAUGACGUGCAGCUGUACGGUAAGUCUCGGCGGGAGGUUGUGUCUUUCCUUAAAGAGGUGCCUCCUCCCUUCACUCUGGUCUGCUGCCGACACCCAACAUCUGACCUGGAACCAGAGCCAGAAUCUGUAGCGGAACCAAUCCAACGACCAGGACUAGUACAGGCCAGUGUGGAGGAGAUGGAACUGAAGCUGUCAUCAAUGCUCUUCAGCAGUGAGCAGCAGCAGGUGGUCAAACCGCAGUUUCCACCUGAGGAGAGAAGUCCACACCUCUGGGAGCAGGAGGAGGAGGAUGAAGACGAAGGCGAGCUGGCUCUGUGGUCUCCAGAUGUUCAGGUGCUGGAGCUGCAGAAGGAGCAAGACAAAGGACUCGGCUUCAGCAUCCUCGACUACCAGGACCCGCUGGAUCCAGGUCGCUGCGUGAUGGUGAUACGAUCUCUGGUUCCUGGUGGAGCAGCAGAGCAUCAUGGUGGUUUGCUUCCUGGAGACCAACUUGUGUCAGUCAACCAGAACCAGCUGGACCUGCUCACGCUGGCCCAGGCUGUGGAGGUUCUGAAGUCUGUUCCACCUGGCACCGUGUGCCUGGGCCUCCGCAAGCCUCUGGUGGUGGAGAGUCCAGAGAGGAGGAGCCAGGUGACCCCCCACGGCACGCCUCUGCCUGUACCCAAGGGAUUUGGAGACGGCUCCAUCCUGCCAGAAGACCUUCGAGAGGAAGAGGAGACAGAGCUGAUCCUGGAUGGAGGCCUCCCGCGCUACACCACGUCUCCCUCCAGCCUGACCCCCAACCUCCAGCCGGUGGAGGAGGGCAGAGAGAUGGCUGUAGACGAGGAGGAAGGGGAACAGGCGAAGGCGCCAGACAAAGUCAAGGAGACGUUGCGCUCCCUCCCUGUGAAGCCGCCUCCGUCGUGGGAGGAGUGGAAUCGUGCCUCCAGUUGGGCCAGAUCAGAAGGGAGCUGGAAACAAGAGGACCUGAGUGAAUGCGAUGAGGACGAGCUCCAGAGAUCAGACCAGGAGAGUGUUGUGUCUGUAGGAAAACUGAUCCUAGGCCUCCCAGAUUCCAGAGACAGCGAAGCCGACUCUGAGCUCACUCUGACUGACACCGAUACAGACUCUGUAAGGAUGCUGAGUCCAGAACGGAGGAAGAGGAAGAGCCACGGGGGACGCAGUGGUCUUCCUGAAAGAGAGGACGGAGAGGGACAGGAAACACCUGCCUUCAGCCACUGGGGACCCCCCCGCAGGGUGGAGGUGUGGGCGAACAAGGGUCAGUCUCUGGGUCUGAGCAUCGUUGGAGGUCAUCACGUCAUCAAGCGCCUGAGGAACGGAGAGGAGCUGAAAGGAAUCUUCAUCAAGCAGGUUUUACCAAACAGUCCUGCCGACAAAACCCGCUGUCUGAAGACCGGAGAUAAGAUCCUGGAGUGGUUGACUCCUCUUUCCUUCACCUCCCUCUGUAGAAGUGAAGACGCUAUAAACCAGAUGGCUGUCCCCCCUUUUCCGACUCCCCCUCCUCCCCCGGUCCUUAGCUCGGAGUGUUCGUCUCCAGCGCCACCGGCUGUCGCCGCCCCAGCAGGCAGUCCAUUGCUCCACCAAGCGUCGGACAUGCGGGAUGAGACGAGCGAUGAAGCAGAGCAGAACAACAGAAACAUCAGCAGCGCCCUCAAGAGUAUGAGAGACACAGAUGCCUUCAGGAAGAGGCUGAAAGUUGCAGAGUCUCCAGAAGAUGAGCUGCAGGCUCCAAAGGCCUCACUGGAGCAGCAGUCCUGCAGGUCCAGCCUCAGUCCGACGGCAGCGUCUCCUCUGGUCAGCCCUGAGCUGCAGAUGCCCAGCCCAGACCCAUCGUGUUGUGCUGUGGUCCCAGGUCAGGAGACGGUGUUGGAGAUCUGUAAAGGUCGAUCAGGCCUUGGACUCAGUAUAGUGGGAGGCAGAGACACACAGCUGGACGCCAUCAUUAUUCAUGAGGUUUAUGAAGAAGGAGCUGCUGCCCGAGAUGGACGACUGUGGGCUGGAGACCAGAUCCUGGAGGUCAAUGGUGUCAACCUACGAGGGGCUUCUCAUGAGGAGGCCAUUGCCGCCCUGCGCCAGACACCCCCCAAGGUCCAUCUCACAGUUCUGAGGGACGAGGCUCAGUACAGGGACGAGGAGAACCUGGACGUUUUCAAGGUGGAACUGCAGAAGAAGAGCGGCAGAGGGCUGGGGCUCAGCAUCGUUGGGAAGCGGACAGGCAGCGGUGUGUUCAUCUCAGAGGUGGUCCGGGGGGGAGCAGCAGAGCUAGACGGGCAUCUGAUGCAAGGAGAUCAGAUCCUGUCGGUCAACGGGGACGACACGAGAAAUGCCUCCCAGGAAACGGUGGCCGCCAUCCUCAAGUGCAUUCGAGGUCCAGUUGUGUUGGAGCUGGGACGGCUCAAAGCUGCUUCAUGGAUCUUGUCCAGACACAACUCGCUGGGAAGUCAGAUGAGUCAUGUGAGUGGGAACAGCUCAGGUGUUGUGGCUCCGCCCCUCACCCUCGGCCAAAGCUCACCUGACGCCUCAGACCCGACCUCCUCCGUGCCCCCGAGCCUCAACAACAAUCUUAAAUCCACAGCUGAUUUCUCCUCCCCCUCUACCGGCAGCGCAGAGGCUGACGCAGGCGUCCGGACUGUGGAGAUCACCAGGGGCGUCAGUGACUCCCUCGGGGUGAGCAUCGCAGGGGGGAGGGGCAGCCCGCUGGGUGACAUCCCCAUCUUCAUCGCCAUGAUUCAGGCCAGCGGAGUCGCUGCCAAGUCCCAGCAACUGAAGGUUGGGGACAGAAUCAUCAGGAUCAACAAUGAGGCCGUGGACGGUCUGUCCCACACAGACGUUGUCACCAUCCUCAAGAGCUGCUUCGGCAGCAUCAGCCUGCAGGUCGUAGCAGACACCAACAUCAGCGCCAUCGCCACCCAGGUGGAGAGUCUGUCCAGCAGCUCUGGGCUGUCGGUCAACACAGACACACACGCAGCCGAGCCAGAGGGUCCGAGGCCCCGCAGCAUCUGUCUGGAGAAGGGCUCUGAUGGACUGGGCUUCAGCAUCGUGGGGGGCUUCGGGAGUCCUCACGGGGACCUGCCCAUCUAUGUCAAGACCGUCUUCAGCAAGGGUGCAGCAGCGGUGGACGGGCGUCUGAAACGAGGCGACCAGAUCCUAAAGGUGAACGGAGAGAGUCUGCAGGGAGCAACUCACGAGCAGGCCGUCGCUAUCCUGAAGAAACAGAGAGGAAGCGUCACGCUGGACGUCCUGUCGUAGCACAGACGACUCGUGUACAUUAGCAGCUGAGACCUCCAUCUGAGCGUUUCCAUCUGUGAGAACCUGCUGUGUCGCCAUCUCUGCAGCCUGUUCUGUCUUCAUCUGCACCUCGUCCCUGACCUGACCUGACCUCACUCAGACGGACACAGGCCUGCGGUGGUGGGCGACCACUCGCUGCUUCGUUACCUCCCAGCUGGGCUCAGCUGAUGUUGUGGUCUUAGUUUGAAUCUAAUGUGGCAGCUUCAGCUGCUCGACAUCCAAACAGCUGUUAAAGAAAGCGGCUCCUCUGGAGUGUCUGCUCUACAUCCUAACUGGAUCCAUGUGAGGAAACGCUUUCUUUGGUGCAUCAAGCUGCGUAUAAAACCUGCAACUAGUGCUAGCUAUGAGCAGCGCGGUGGUUCUGUCUUCCACAGACGAGCCUACUGACCCCCAGCAUUAAAUACUGUGUUGGCUGCAGCAUGUUAAUAGGCUUCCAUCAUGUCAGUGCUCUGAGCAGGUAGAGAAGUUCUGUUGGUGGAUCUGCUUCAUUAAUCUGCACUAACGUUUGUCCACUGUGGACCAGGCGGGUCAGCUAUUAGCUGCUGAGUCUUUAUCAGUGCAAUGACACUUAAAUUGACCCUCGUUAACACCUGCUGCCAUCAAAACCAAUAAACAAGCAGAUGUUUAGAAAAGUCAAGCGUGGUCACAUGUAUGUAAUGUGUCCGUCUCUGGUUCUGAUCUGUCGUCGAAUAUGUCGUCAUGCAGUAAUAACGUCCACAGACAGAUGAGCUUCAUUGUUCUGUUUGUUUAUAUGUAGGUCUCAUUUGUUUGACGCUGCUGUGGAACUGGUUCUGAACCCUUUAUUUGUUCUACAACACUGCUAAAUGAAUGGUCUAGACAGAUAUCACUGCAGUGGUACGCAUGCACUCAGGGGGCGUGUGCUGUGAUGUCACGGGGGCGUGGCUUGGCUUAAACACAGAACAUUGACGCCACGACUCCAGGUAACAUCAGCUGGAGAUCUAUUAGUACCUCUGAGUAUCUUUAGUCUGUGCUUCCAUUUCUAUUAAAACACUCCUUGGACCGUAACAAAAUCA